AUGAUUGUUCACAUUGCAGCAUCUGAGUGUCUCAUGGAAGUGACUAAUCUUUACGGCUUGCUUCCAAUGGUUGAUGGGACAGAAGUAGGGUUCAAAGAAGAGCUUCUUAAGCAGUAUGAGGUAGAGAAGAAUGAACAAGCAAAGUCAUUACUAAAGAAAUGUAUUGACAUCCUCACAAACCUUGAACAAAAAGCUAUCCAAACAUCCUGA